AUGGCAUCUACCGUUGGAAAGUAAUCGAACUUUUCUCGUAAUGUAAAAAUACACUCAUCUGUGAAUAUAGUAAGAAACCACUCGCAGAAAGUGUCGCUACAAAGUUCAAACUAACAUCCCUCCUAGAAUUCGACAUCAAGGGAGAUAACUUCGAGAAGGACGGCCUUAAAACCCCUGCGUUCAGCGCUGCCUGCACUGGGAAGAAGGAAAACGAGAUUUUCGUAGCAUGUACUUUCAACGACGGGGCACCCGCUGGCCGAAGUCUCGGCUCGAGGUUGGAGCCCUCUCCGAUUACGAGCGAGUUUGGUAAAGCUGCGGGUAGUCUUAUAAUUAGCUACCAGUUCACGGAUGCAUCGUAA